GUUUGUGCGUGCCUGGCACGACUGCGGUCCCACUGUCGCGCUCGCCGUCAACGUCGUCGCGUGAGUGAGAAGGCUCGCGGACACCCACCGCACGGUGCGACAGCGUCCCGACAAUACCAAGCGUCCCCGUCCGAUCCCCGCGCGACAUGUCAAGUCAAAUAUGUCUAAAGUGGAACAGUUUUCUCAGCAAUAUCGCGACCAGCUUCGAGAGCCUGUGGGAGGAAGAGGGCCUGGUGGACGUGACUCUCGCGAGUGACGGACAGUGCCUCACGGCGCACAAGGUGAUACUCUCGGCCAGCAGUCCCUUCUUCAAGAAGGUCUUCCAGACAAACCCGUGUCAGCAUCCGGUUAUAAUACUUCAGGAUGUACACUUUAGUGAAUUGGAAGCACUGUUAAUAUUUAUAUACAAAGGCGAGGUAAAUAUUGAGCAAAAAAAUUUGCCAGCGCUCUUAAAAGCAGCAGAGACAUUACAAAUUCGGGGUUUGUCUGGUGGGGACAUCUUCGCAAAGGAGUCCUACAAACGACUGGCUGAGCUAGAACAGGCUGUGGCUGAGGAUGCGCCGCUGAGUAAGGAGGAGACACCUAAAAAGAAACAGAAAGUUAGCAAACAACAGAACAAUUCUAUCUUGGAGAAAGCACUAACACCUAGAAUAUCGCAAUCGGAAAAUACAAAUGAAUCCGCUGCCAGCGAUCAAAGCGGGAAAGAUGGGGAGUACAUGUUGCCAGAGACAUUACCUAAUCCAGUGUAUCAUCGUUUGGAGAUGAAAAUAGAACCAUUGGAAAUGGCGGUAGACGAUCUCCAGAAACGAUCUCCAAUAGAUAAGGAUCCAGCGGAAAGGCUAGACACAGGACAGGCAGAUGGAAAUCAAGGAUCGUCGAAGCCGAUUGUGACAGUAAUAGCCGAAGCUCGCCACACUUCACCAGAUCCGCAAACGCACAGGAGAGAUUUCCUUGCAGUUGAAUGCAGCUCGUUCAGUCGCUUUUCGGGUCUCUCGAAAUAUAUGGCGGAUCCAUCAUCUGACUUACCGAAUUAUUCUCGUGCCGAACAAACUUCGCCAGAUCCGCAAACGCACAGGACAGAUUCCGCAGUUGAACGUUUUUGGAAUCUCUCGAAAUAUGUGAAGGACUCAUCAUCUGACUUACCGAAUUAUUCUCGUGCCGAACAAACGUUAGAUCAACCGGAAUCCUCGAAUUUCCUGGGACACAAUCCUGGAGUUUCACAACCCAGUUUCCCCGCGUUCGUCGAGUCCUACAGUACAGAUUUAUCAGAAGAGGCUGUAAAAGGUGGACCAGUGUAUCCACCGUUUCCCUGCCCUUUUUGCGACAGGGCAUAUACGAGUUGGGGCUUCCGCAGAAGGCAUAUAAAAGCUGUCCAUACUAUUUCUCCAUCUCUUAAUUGCAAAUGGUGUUUACAAGUUCUUCCCACGCACGCAGCUUGGAGACGGCAUGUGAUAUCAGCGCAUAAUUUAUCAGCCAGUGACGCACAUAAUGGUCUUUUAAUUUUGGAAGAAGCACAUAUGGUUCUGCAAAUAGCGCGUCCUACUAGAUUGGAUACAUUGGUUAACAUUAUUAAGCAAAGUUCGCAACAAAACUGUGGUCACGAUAGCACUCAACCAGAUAAAGAUUAGGUACAUCGGACAAGCAAGUGGGAAUUCGUCGCAACGUUCCCAUUCGAGAGUAGACAGUGCCUUUCCUGCUUUUUACGACAUUCGACUUUCCUUUGCAACACGGAAAUGGAACAUGACAAUAAUGAACGGGAUUUCGACUUUCCCUUGCAUUAUGGAAAUGGAACGGGACAAUAAUGAACGAGUCCAGAAUAGUUGAAAAGAAAACUGUUACUUAUGGAUAUAUAUACGAUGAUAAAGCGCAAUGUAUCUUCACAUCUUCAAAAAAAAAAAUCACAACAUUUUCUUCUUACAAUCAAG